AUGGAUGCAAUAGCCCUGCAGAAGCAGAGCUUUACCUACUUCUGUAACAAUGCUUAGGUGGUGGCCUGGGAGGACAUUGUGUUCCUCUGCUGCCUCCUGUCACACAUGCUGUCCAUCUGCUUAAAAUGGUCCUCGAUCAGAGAUUUCAAACCAAACAGGUCUGGUUGUCAGUGUGAUUCCUCCCAGCAGUGUGAGAUGAGAAUAUCUCUUCACGUCUGUGUGCAUACUGGCCUGAACAGCAUCAUGUGGCAGAAUCUGCCUCACCAGAAGGUACUGAAACUAAGCAAUGACCUCAACUUUCCUGAAUGCUGCCUCAUCUGUGCAGAGCAAAAACCUUCCUGCCCAGCUUUGUGUGCAAGAGUUUUGUCAGCAAAGAUUUGCCUCUCCAGUUACUCAAGAGGAGAAAGACAGUUGAAGGCUGAGGUGCUUCUUGUCUCUGCUUUGCAAUUUGCCUCAUCUCACAUAAAGCAUGGGCUGCCUUGUUGGGUUGGAAGGUUAUUUAUUACACUACUAGCAAGCUGCUUUGGACAGUUGCUGCCAGUAAAUGUUUCCACUUGUUUUUCCCUUCCUGGAACCUUCCCCUGGUUUGACCUGACAGCUGUGUCACUGAGAAAGUCUCUCUUUAGCCAGCUGCUGGAAAAGAGAGAGCUUCUCUGGUGCCAUCUGAUGCCUGGUGCUCUACUGUAGGCACCCUCUGGAGACUGUCCUACAAAGCCAUGUGGGCAGGUCAGCACCAAGACAUCUCUCACUUCAGCUGCAGUGGAGCCUAGUGUGAUACCGGAUGACAAAUCUCCAUUAUCCACAGCUGCUUCCAACAGUUUCUCAGAAAUUCCAGAGGAAAAUGCUGAGUAUGAUUCUAAAUCUUCACAAACCAUAAUGAAGCCCAUGAAGAAUGCUUUGCUGAGAUCUCAUCCCAGCCUUUUCAUGGGACUAAACAGUGCAAGAACCAGCACUGUUAACUCUCAGACUCUAAACUAUUCCAGCCAAUAACCCUAUGCACACAUUUUCUUCUAUGAGUUUCAUUCUCUACACUGCUCAGCAAACUUGCUUAUUCCUGGUUGCCUGAGCAUUUUUUUUGUCUGAAUUUGCUUAUUACAUAGUCUUCUUGGCCUAUGAACUGCUUCAGUUUCACUGUGUUUCUAUUGCAGCUUCAAUACAAAACUGAAUUAAAAAAACAAAUUACAGUUAUUUUGUAGUGGCUGCAGCUUUGGUGUAACAAAGUAAACAGGAUCAGGCCCAGUCUUUUUUAAA